AGCCCCGAUCCGGCAUACGAAUUUAAUCGUCGUCUUCGUCGGGCGUACGAAAAAAACGCAACUGAAAAAGAUCCAGAGAAGCUGAGAAAACAAUUAGAGCUCGCUGAACAUAUCAAAAAGGAAGUUCUCGCACUCAUCUCUCUCAAAAAGUUUCGUCAUCUCCGUCGAGCUUAUCAUCCUCACGAAGGACCCCGCUAG